ACAGUGUUAUUAUUUGUAUUUUUAAUCGUUAGUUGCGUCUCGUAAUGUUGCUUCACAAACCUCUGUUAACCCUUUGUACGAUGAAAUGGCUGAGUUAAGAAAAAACCUUUCCACCCUGUCCACACAAAUGACACAAGAAAUGAGAACAUUACAAAAUAAACUAAACACAGCAGAACAGCGAAUAGAACUCCUUAAGACGAACGUGAGCAUCACGACUACAAGUCUCCAGCAACAAUACACCGCCGUAAACACUAAAGCAAGGGAGAAUACGAAUGAUAUAACAUCACUGAAGAAUGGGUUGACUACAGUUUGGUUACAAGCAAACACGACUAGGGAUAAACUUGAUGCUCAUGUUAAUGAGUACAAUGCUCUUAAAKCACAGCUGGAAAAUUAUACCACAGUGUUGAGAACAGCGGAUCAGUCRCUCACAACCUUUGUAGAUAAUAUCAACAAUACACUAACAGCAAAGAUCGAUGCAGUGUCUAAGAUGCCAGGACCUCCAGGACCACAGGGUCCCCCUGGAAUCAACGGUACUCAGGGAAUCCAGGGUCCACCGGGGAUAGAUGGAACUCCAGGGUCUCCCGGUGUACCGGGGGCUAAUGGUUCAACAGGCCAACAGGGGGCACCUGGUACAACAGGAGAACCAGGUCCACGGGGCUUCAAUGGUUCAGCAGGACCCGUUGGUCCAAAGGGAGACCAAGGAGCAGGAAAUCUUACACAAUGUGUGGUGAAGACAAAAAAAGAAGUAGCGACUAGCGGGCCUGCUGCAGAACGGACAGUCACUGUAACAGAGGGAAUUGGGAAAAAGAUUCUGAGCGCCUCAUGUUCAUCCAAUAAAGCAGAUACAGUAGAACAAGGAAUAGGA